AUGGGCAUCACGGAGUCGACAGCCUCGAUGAAGGCCUGGCUCCCAGGGCACCUCAGCCACAAGUACGAAUCAUUACCAGCACACAGCCCGACAGCACCCACAUCACCGGAGAACCACCGAGGCUUCUGGAGGAGAAACAAGAGAUGCAUCACCGUAGCAGGCAUUACGGCCCUCGUGCUGGUGGGCGUGCAUGCUGGUGCCAUUUACAGACACGUCUCACGCGGCCGGCACGAGAUGGAAGAUGUCUCCCGGCUCUGGGGCCAGUACUCGCCUUUCUACCCCGUCCCGUCCGAGAUUGAUCCUGCCAUUCCCGCGCAGUGCGACGUCACGUUUGCACAGGUCCUCUCGCGCCACGGCUCGCGCGACCCCACAGCUGGUAAAUCCGAGGCGUACCUCGAGCUCGUCGGCCGUAUCCAGGACGUUGUCGAGGACUACGGCAAGGGCUACGAGUUCAUCCGCGACUACGAGUACACGCUCGGGCACGACCAGCUGACGGCGUACGGCGAGCGGGAAAUGGUCGAGUCGGGGGCCGCGUUUUACCGACGGUACCGGGCGCUCGCCGCCAUCUCGGAGCCGACGGGCUCGAGGCGCCGGACGAUGUUGAGGACGAGAUGCUCAUCAUUCCCGAGCGGCGCGGGGCCAACAACACGCUGA